GGGGAAACUGAGAGAUCAUAAAGUUGGGUGAAAGCUGUGAGCUUAAUGGGUACUCUGAAUUUGACUGUACAGGUUCUUGACAUCUCUCCCAAGGUCACCCUCUCAGACUUGAAUAUCUUUUUCUCUUACUGUGGAACUGUUGACAACAUCCAGCUCUGCAGAAAAAAUGACCAGACACAGUUGGCUUUUGUGACAUUCAAGCAGCCUUAUGCCUUCCAAACUGCACUUCUCCUAAAUGGAGCUGUUAUUGGAGAUAGUCCAAUUCGCAUACUGGCCUUACAGAAUUUGGCAAUUCAUCCCAUCCCAGACAAAAGGAAUUGCGAAACCCAGAAUAAGGAGAAGCAAGGAAUCUUUCCAGUAGUGAACUCUGCUAUACAAGGCAUAGCUUCAAAAAGUAUGGAGAUGUUUAACAAGACUGCUGAUGAGUUGGAGGAGAAUUGCAAGCUUUCAGAGAAGGGCAGAGCACUAAUGCACCAGACAAGAUUGGCAAUCUGUGCUGCUGAGAAGGGGGCAGGUCAACUUGGCACAGCUAUCAUGAAUAACGAGUAUGUUUCAAAUGGCUCCAUUUGGUUGUCUGGUGUGGUGGACAGGGCCUCCAAAUAUGCCACUGCCAGGAAGCAGAAAUGAGCCUCCUUUAGUAUCUGAAAAGGGAUUGAACUAUUUUGGCUGCAUGAUCACAGCUUUUCAAAACCUUGUGUGAUUAACUGUUUCUACUAUACAGUACUGAUGUAAUAAUGCUGUAAUUCUCCAUGGUGCGGGUUUUUUCUAAUAUCUACCCAUUUGAUUUGUACAUCAAAAGUCUUUGAACCGUCAUGAAAUGCAACUAACCAAACUGAUUUUUUCUAUGCUUCCAUAUUAAA